GCUUGAAGUGGAAACAUUUCGAAGACGGCCAAUUUUGCAAUCCAAUAUGGCGGCAGUUUGAGGAGUGGAUAUUUCAGGAAAUUUAUAUUCUCGCACUUUUUCUGACCAAAAGCUGUGUGUUUUAGUCUUUUUACUCGAUUACAGGCUACAAUGUUCAAAAGGUUUGCUCAAGGACAGGUUUUUGCUUUGGUAAACCGUAGUUUUGUUGCAAAAAAGUCGUUACAAUGUGGUUCUUAUGCCGCACCAUAUAUUUGCAUACGUUUUCAGCACAAGCAAGUGGAUUUAACUGAAACGAGCAGUGCUGCAAAAGAGGUUAACAUUAGUGAAGAAAAUGUGAUUAAAAAACCACUAAGCCGAAUGGGUCCGAUUUUCCCACUUAAACAGUUGACAAGAUCAGCGAAAAUAUUUGAAAAUCUCGCUGUUAGUUCGCCGAACGAACAAGGCUUUCGCGAAGCGAUUGAGACCUUCAAAAAACGAGACGUAAAACGGCUUAGAGUUAUGGAUUUUAUUUCAACUGCAGUCACCUAUAUGGAACCGUUUGGGGUAGCAAAAAAUGUGGACAGUUAUAAUCACUUGUUAGACCUUUUUCCUAGAGGAAGGUAUCAUUACAGGACCGUGUUUGAUACAUUAUGGACGCGAUAUCGACCACAGAUCGACUGUGCCGUACAAGUACUGACUAAGUUAGAAGAGAAUCGUAUACGACCUAAUGUUCACACCUAUGAUGUAGUCCAUGAUGUAUUUGGUAAUGAUAGCAUACCAUUGAAUAAACUGAGACGUAUUGUUUUCUGGUUUGACAAAUUUGACGAGAUGUACCCAGAUCCCUUACCGAAAGAGUUGCCAGAGGAUAAACAGGAAUUGUUUGAGAUGGCAAUCAAUCGAAUGAUUGAUGAAAAUAUGAGAGAUUCAGUGAUAUUGUCGAAGGUAUGAUCCUUCAUUGAUAGUCAUACCAUAGGCAGUCAUAGUUAAUAGAAAGGUCACACGAAGAUAUUUUUGCUAACAGCUGAAUCUUAUCUUUCAGAACCAAGAUGGCAUUGAGAAACAAAUUAUUGGUGCCGAGAAUAUAAAUCUUUCUAAUUUUCUUGCGGAGUAUGACCUGGCUAAACCAGUUUUUGUGGAAGGACCUCAAGUUAUGUGGCUAAGACAAACCCAGAUCCGUUAUUACCUUUUGAAAGCCGACGUAAAACCUAAUCUCUUUGAAGGUAAUGGCUCAAUGUGUAAGGCAAACAGAUGGAUCUCCGUCAAGACAAACGUAGUAACUUGUUCUACGUAAUAGACAAUUCCAGCUAUAUACUCCGAUAGACUAAAUUUUGAUCUGGGCAAGAAUAACAAAAUCCAUCACCACAGCUAGAAAGCAUGUUAAAAUUAGUAAAAUUGCAAAGUUUGGCCGAGAAAUAUUGUAAAAUGCGGAAAAUAUAGUAAAUUUUGUAUUCAUUUGUAUUACGCACGGGAAAAUGCACCACUUUCGGCCCAACUAUUUUAAACUUGUUAGAAAUGUCUCAUGGAACAGAAACACAGCCUCUAUUCUAACAUGGUUAUAAAAAUAUAUCACAAUUCAUUUAAUUAAGUGCUCAAAGUCAAAGUCUCCACCAGUAGCCAAAACAAACACUUCAUACCCAUGCCCUACGCAUCAACCGGUUGAGAAGAUGCAGUAAAACUACAGCAACACAAAAAAAUUAUCAACCAUGACCCUUUCACAAGGUACACAAUAAUUUAGAGCAAAGGCAUUUUAGACGUUUCCUAACCAUAUACCUUCAUUAACUAUGGUGUGUGAAAUUUAAUUUUGUGAUUUUCUACUUCAGACCAUGUGCUUGCGCUGUGUAUACUGAGAGACAACGAAGUAGAAGCUGAACUAAAAAUCUGGAUCAAAGAAUUGCAGAAGAACUAUCCCAGACUUGCAGAACUCAACGUUAUUUUUAAUAUUCAUUCAAAUGACAAACUUUAAGCUUGCACUAUAUGAUUGUGUCAAUUUAGUCAGCGACAGCAAUAAUAAUAUUAAUAAACAUAUAACUUUGUCUUCAUUAUUUUUAUUCUGCACAGACAAGUACGCAUAUAUUCUAUAAUAAUUUUCAUACCUAGAUUUGAAAAUUCCAGAACUUCGUUUUGCAAAUUGCCCAUUCAGACCACGUAAUGUUUAUACCUUUGAUUACCUUUUGUAAUAUGCAUUAAAGAUAAGGGUGAUAAAACAUGUAAACAUUACAGCCUGGUUCACAAAUGCCUGUGGUAGGCAAGAUGUACGCAGACAAGCUCUGACUUCCGCCGAUAGCCCUGCGACAACUCGGCGAAACAGUUAUGAAUUCCCACCGAAUGUCCGUUAUUUGACAUUUCUCCGGCUUUAUUUCAUCACUUACCAAUGUAUUACGGGAUAUAUUAAGCUUAUGGCAUGUCGGCAGUGCGUUUGGAAAACGUAAACAUUGCCGCCGACAUGUAGGGAAAGUUGAACGCGAGAUCAAACUUCCCGGCAUAUCGCUGAUCAUGUCGUCGACUGCCUGUGACAAUAGGGAGCUUAAUUAAGCAUGUAGGACGGCAACACAACAACGACGGCCAAAACAAAUUCCUUCAAAUAAAUGAUAGUAAAGAAAACUUGUCGUAUAAUUUAUAAUUCGUAUGAAUUUAAUACAGUAUAAGAAGUUGAAAACAUUGGCUUUAUGUUUGGGAAGAGUUCUACUGAACCGAAUUUUAAGUUGCACCUGUUAUGGCUUGAAAUGCAGGCGUUGUAUAAAAGACGUGAAAAUCUGUGAUUUGUCGUUGUAAACAGAGCGACGACCACGUCUGAAACUCCCCUGAGAUUUUAAUUAUUUAUUUAUUUAUUUUCGUUGACUCAUUGUAUUGGUUGCUGUCGUCGUCGUGUUGCCGUCCUACAUGCUUAAAUGCUUAAGCUACCUAUUGAGGCACCACACGCACAAGUCGCUGGCUACGUCACAGCUUAUAAAUUGUAAACAUUACAUGGUCUGAAAUGGCAAUGUACAUACAAGCUGAAAAGGUCCGUUACUGUAAGAUUGUAGGCUUAUAUUAAUAUUCAGCAGUUACGAAAAACAAAACCUUUGAGACACACAGUAGCCUGCAAAUCACUUUUAUUGCAGUUCAUCUCUAGCUUCCACCUGUCUACGCGCUUGAAAUCCUUUCUGCAGAUUUACUCUUCUUCUUUCCAGCAGCUUUAGACAAGGCAGGAUUACUUGCAGAUAUAUCAUUAUUUCCGGUUACGGUGUUAAAUUUAAAGCCACUUUCCUCCUUGCCUGUAACACUGUCUUCCAAUUUUGAUUUCACUUUCGCAUCGUUGUAAACAAGCAGCAGCUGCCUUUGUUUACCUUCGUCUGGCAAUAAAUCAAUCAACUCCCGAAAGACCUUAUGAAUGUGAUCCACUCCGAGCAGCGAGCAGCAUUCUUGGUAGUAUUCUUCAGGUGAACUCUUCCCAUGACGAUAAAAACUUGAGACUUCACGAAAUUUCUCAAAACUUUCACCUCUGAGGUUCAAAAUUCGCCCAAUAUCGUUGAUCAGUUUUUGGUUUCGGGUUUCCUUUGCAGAUGAACCCCCAACAUUUAUCGGGACUGACCAACCCAUCCCGGGAGGUGGCCGUACCGGAAUUCCAGGCUGAAAUCCGGGGGGAACGAGACCAGGUGGUGCUUUAAUGGCAGAGCUAGCUUUAUGACCAUUGGUAAGAGUAGAUAGAGUUGGAAAUUCGGAAUCGUACGUGGGCUUUGGAGUUGGUUUUUUCGGCACACUUGACUUAGAUUUGUUGGCCAAAGCUUUCUCAGGGCUGAGCGUCUCUUUCUGUGCGUGUAUGCUCUUUGUAUUUGAUUUGUAGAGGUCACUGAACUGCACAAAUUUCUGUCCGCUUUCAAAAUCGACUUCUGUCUGAUCCCUUUUGUCAGGCUUUGGCUUAACGAGUUUACCACUGAAACCUGGAGGUGCACUUAGGCCAGGUGGAGGUCGGAUGCAUGGAUUUGCCUUGCUUGAUUCAUUUGAAAGGCUUGGAAAAUCACUAUCAUAAGUUGGCUUCGGUUUUGCGAUGUUCACUGCAGGCCCCUGUUUCUUGUCCGUUGAUAGAGUCGGAAAAUCGUCUUCUAAGUUAGAAGCUGGAUGAACAACACUGGAAAAUGAAGGGCCAGUAUUCUUUUCUUGACGGACACCACUUUGUUCGAGCGAAAGGUCAACAUUCUUUUCUUGAGUCAACUUGUUAUUCCUGGUUUUAGACUUGCUGUCUGCCUUCUGAUCCGAACUACCUUCAUUGCUUUCUUGAAUCUUGAUUUUGGAUAAGUUUCCAUUAUUUUUCUCUUUGCCACCAAAACCACCCUCAUCCAAGCUCGGCUUCUUCUCUUUACCACUGACAAUACUUUCGUCCGAUAAUUCCUUCUUCUUGUUGCUGUCUUUCUUGGAUUUUACAUUAUCUGCUUCUCCUUUCCCACUUUUGCCAUUCUUUUGUUCAGUAUUACUACUUUUACUACCAUUGCUAUUAUGUGUCUUUCUAUUACCCACUUCCUCUUGUAUUAUACCCCCAGGAGGACGUUUAUUGUCUCCAGGGGGACGUUUAUUGUCCCCAGGGAGACGUUUAUGGUCAGGCUUUGGCUUAUCGAGUUUACUACUGAAACCUGGAGGUGCACUUAGGCCAGGUGGAGAUCGGAUGCUUGAAUUUGCCUUGCUUGAUUCAUUUGAAAGGCUUGGAAAAUCACUAUCAUAAGUUGGCUUCGGUUUUGCAAUGUUCACUGCAGGCCCCUGUUUCUUGUCUGUUAGUAGAGCCGGAAAAUCGUCUUCUAAGUUAGAAGGUGGAUGAAUAACACUGGAAGAUGAAGGGCCAGUAUUAUUUUCUUGACGAACACCACUUUGUGCGAGCGAAGGGUCAACAUUCUUUUCUUGAGUCAACUUGUUAUUCUUGGUUUUAGACUUGCUGCCUGCCUUCUGAUCCGAACUACCUUCAUUACUUCCUUGAACCUUGGUUUUGGAUAAGUUUCCAUUAUUUUUCUCUUUGCCAUCAAAACCACCCUCAUCCGCUGGCUUUUUCUCUUUACCACUGACAAGACUUUCUCCUGAUAAUUCCUUCUUCUUGCUGCUGUCUUUCUUGGAUUUUACAUUAUCUGCUUCCCCUUUCCCACUUUUGCCAUUCUUUUGUUCAGUAUUACUACUCUUACUACCAUUGCUAUUAUGUAUCUUUCUAUUACCCACUUUCUCUUGUAUUAUACCCCCAGGAGGACGUUUAUUGUCCCCAGGGGGACGUUUAUUGUCCCCAGGGGGACGUUUAUGGUCACUUUCCAAGACCUCCCUUGGUGACCUCAUUUGACUCCUUUUCACUCCCUUGUGAUCUUCUGCUUUCACAUCUGUUUGCCUGUACUGCUCUGAAGAUACUCUAAUUUUCGGAUCUUGAGAUGGUUGGAUUUGGUUUUCCUUCUUACGAUCUUUAUCUUUUGCCUUGUAUCUUCCAGGAUCCCUCAACUCACCAAACUGGAAGUCUCGUCCUGUUCCACCGCUACAAAUAAAAUGGUUCUCACUUUUUAAUGUUUUCAACAUUCAACAUUUAACCUAUUGUUCUGUUGGGCAAAAUGCCCACCAUAUACUGGUAUAACCUUAUUAUAUAUGUAUGUACAUAAAUAUGCUGUUUUUCAUUCAUUCAUUAAUUAACCCAUUGAGUGUCAGCGCUCUCCACUUGACAAGUAAAAUCGUCUGGUGUUAAACAGAGUAAAAUAGUAUCGAUAUGCAUCAGGGUGUAUGUCCAUUUAAAGGGUUAAUAUAUUUUGCUUUACAUGGGAGAACAUCUUGGAGAUAUAAUAAACAAUUAUUGGCUGAUGCUAAACACGAUAUCAAGAAUUAUUUACACCAAGGGCAGUCAAAUUAUAAAAUUCACAAGCUAAAACUGGUGGGAAAAACGGAAAUACAUAAUAUUCAAAGAAAAAC